CGAUCCACCGUCUGUACAUAUCACCUCGAUUCUACAUUGUCAAAUGCUUCUUCCCAUCUAGCUGUUGGCCACGUGUGGUAAGGAUGGAUGCAACGAGAGCCAGCGAGCGCUGCUUGAAGGGCAAUGAAAGCGACGUGUUGAUUUAUGAUCGCAGCUCAAGCAGCGCGUACACCUUCCAAACCAAAUUUCACUCAGUGUUUCGAGAGGCUGUUCGCAUGGGAUAGAGGAGCGGAGUGGUCAUAUCGUCAGGUUGGCUUCGCUGCGUCGUUCAUGACUAUCUUGUCCGUUGGACCCUACCUAGCAGCUCUCCGCAGUUUGGCACACUCAUCUCGACACGUCACAAUGCACUCGGUUCUCUCCGGCUCCCUUGCGCGAGGUGUAAGGAGCCUGCAGCUGACACUGCGAAUCGGCAUGCUACCUCUGUUCCUCCUGCAGCUUCUCCCGCGCCUUGAUCCCAGCCGCUGCGCAGUCCUCGCCAUGGCCGCGCAAGAGCAGCCGGCGCUGAUGGUGUUGGAACCGUCGACGGAGCCCGCGCAAUGCGGCCUGACGCAGCUGCGCUGGUCUGGCUCGGUCGGACAGAGCACGGUCGACCUGAUCGAUCCGCACGGGAACACGCUCCUAUUUCGCUUCGACAAACAACCGAACAACACGUUCAGCUUGACCUGGGCCCCGAUCAAACAGCCGGCAGGAACCAAACUAGUGGUGCGGGUCACAGACUCGAGGCCGUUGUCAGCCGCAGGCUCAGUCCUCACCAUCGCCAACUCGUCCGACUCGUCGUGCCUGGACAGUGCAGCAUUACAAGGCACACCGGGCUCGAACAUCACCGACACGAGCGUUCCGCAGAGCUCCACUGUUCCAGGUACAACAUGUCCAACAAGCAGCGGUGUGACCCCUGCGCCCGGGAGCAGCAGUGGUAGCGCGCGGUCUUCCGGGUCAGCAUCCGCCCUAUCAAAUGCGGCGACGUCUGCCAUCCGAAGCGCGGACUCGCCCAGCAUGAAAGCUUUAUGCGCGGUCGGAUUUGCGCUCAUGACCUUUUUUCUCUCCUUCAUGACUGUAUAUCGUUGAAAUUCGACUGUGCAAUGCUCUACUUCAGCUUCUACCUGUUGGAAGAGUGGAGUUUCAUUUGCAUUUCACAUGACUGAGCCGCGAGUCUGCGAUUGCGCUCGAUCACUGACCGCCUACCAUGAAUCAGCUACCAUCGAGCGCGCU